GUCCCCUGUCCUCUGGCAGGUGUCUUCCUCAUCCCGUACCUGCUGAUCGUGUUCGUGGGAGGGAUCCCGAUCUUCUUCCUGGAGAUCGCUCUGGGUCAGUUCAUGAAGGCCGGCAGCAUCAACGUGUGGAACAUCGCGCCGCUUUUUAAAGGUCUCGGUUACUCCUCCAUGGUGAUCGUCUUCUUCUGUAACACCUACUACAUCAUGGUGCUGGCCUGGGGCUUCUACUACCUGAUCAAGUCCUUCAACUCCACCCUCCCCUGGUCCACCUGCGACAACGAAUGGAACACGCCCAGCUGCAUCGAGAACUUCCGCCACCAGGACUGCGUCAACGGCAGCAUCGCCAACGCCACCGUUGUCGGCGGCAACAUGACCUGCGCCGAGCUGGCCAACGCCCAGUCGCCCAUCAUCGAGUUCUGGGAGAGAAAGGUGCUGAACAUCUCGUCCGGUCUGGGUGAAACUGGAGAGUUUAACUGGGAGCUGACGUUGUGUCUGAUGGCCGUCUGGGUGAUGGUUUACUUCUGUGUCUGGAAGGGAGUCAAAUCCACCGGAAAGAUUGUGUACUUCACAGCCACCUUCCCCUACGUGGUGCUCGUCAUCCUGCUGGUCCGAGGCGUCACGCUGCCCGGGGCCUACGACGGCAUCAUGUACUACAUCAAACCAGACUGGUCCAAGCUGGGGGAGGCGCAGGUGUGGAUCGAUGCCGGGACUCAGAUCUUCUUCUCCUACGCCAUCGGCCUCGGAGCUCUGACGGCUCUGGGCAGCUACAACCGCUUCAACAACGACUGCUACAAAGACGCCUUCGUCCUGGCGAUGAUCAACAGUGGGACCAGUUUCUUCGCUGGUUUCGUGGUCUUCUCCAUUCUGGGCUUCAUGGCCGCCGAGCAGGGAGUCGACAUCUCGCAGGUCGCCGAGUCAGGUCCUGGACUGGCCUUCAUCGCCUACCCGAAGGCCGUCAGCCUGAUGCCGGUGGCUCCUCUCUGGGCCGCGCUCUUCUUCUUCAUGCUGCUGCUUCUGGGACUCGACAGCCAGUUCGUCGGGGUGGAGGGUUUCGUCACCGGGAUCCUGGACCUGCUCCCCGGGAAGCAGCAGUACCGCUACAAGAGGGAGAUCUCUGUGGCCGUGUGCUGCUCGCUGUGCUUCAUCAUCGACCUCUCAAUGGUGACGCAGGCCGGCAUGUACGUCUUCCAGUUGUUCGACUACUACUCGGCCAGCGGGAUGACUCUGCUGUGGCAGGCCUUCUGGGAAUGCAUCGUGGUCUCCUGGGUCUACGGUGCUGACCGCUUCAUGGACGACGUGGCUCGGAUGAUUGGCUACCGCCCUUUCCCCUGGAUGAAGUGGUGCUGGUCCUUCAUCACCCCUUGUGUCUGUCUGGGCAUCUUCAUGUUCCACCUGGUGAACUACAAGCCGCUGACCUACAACAACCAGUACGUCUACCCCUGGUGGGGCGAGGUCAUCGGAUGGUGCAUGGCGCUGUCCUCCAUGCUCUGCAUUCCUGUCAGCCUCCUCUACAAGCUCUUCAGGGCCAAGGGGACCUUCAAAGAGCGGCUUGGCAUCGACCUGAACCACCCGCAGUGUGGGGGCAAACGCACAACCCUGGAGUACAUGGCCCCCGACAUCAAGUCGCUGAGCUCCCUGUCCGCCGCAGACGACAACAAGGUCAUUAUCUUCGAGAGCGUCAUGUAGGUGGGACUCCCCGGAGGGUGGCUGCCGAUUGGCUGCCUCCCGUCCUGACCCGGCCUUCGCCGUGUUCCACAAGAAGAAGAAGAGAGCGAGACUGUUUUUAUACAUCCACGUUCUCCACAUUCAAACCAGCAGCUCACUGGGUUUCCUGUGACGGGCUUCCACUCCUGUGCUCCUCCACAUGGGGGGAGGGAUUGUUCAAAUUAUUCGCCUUGACUAUUUUAAGGAUCAAAUGAUAAGCUUUUUGACAAAAUGUCCAACAACGAAAGAGCUGAAGAAGAAGAAGGUUGAAAAAAGAAAAGAAAGAAAAAACACUGUCGAACGUCGGGCUUCUGAGAAGAGAAUCGCACACACACACACACACACACACACACACACACACACACACACACACACACACACACACACACACACACACACACACACACACACACACACACACGCAGGCCGUCACUCUGACGCGGUUGUAGACAGUCGGACCUCAGAAAGCUGUCGCAGUUUUUUACUCGCUGUGUCUGGUCAGCGUGACGCAGCGUGAUGAGAUCUUCUCGUCAGACCUCCAUCUUUUCAUGAAGGGGGGUUUCUGGAAUGUUCAGAACCCCCCCAUGAAUUUACAGAAAGAAUUUGAGACACUAACCAAUUAUAUUAAUAAGUGAAUAGAUAGAUCUUUGAUCAUUAUUCCCGAUUGAAGAAAUUCAACAUUAUUAUACGCUGGAUCAGCUGCUCUAUCGUUGUGGAUCUGACCUUUGACCCCUUGGUCAACUAAAGUGCCAAACGGAGCAGCGCUGAUCCCAGACCAAUAACACGCUCACUCUUCUUCUUCAACGCUGAGCUCCUCCCACCGGACGCCGCGCUCUUCCCCAAACAUCAACUAACAUCAUAAUUAAAAGCUUCAUCAGAGAUUCAGAGAAUCAGACCAGAAUAUUUGGACCGGAAAAAUGACAAAAAUGUAUAUAAAUCUUUGCACUAAAAAAAAACUUAAAUUUAAAAUGUCAGAGAAAAACUAAAACUUUGUUCAGGUUAUAUUUAAAUAGAAUGAAUGUAUUAAAUGGAAUCUGAUCAAAAGUGUUCUGCAAUCUAAAUAUAUACAAAAACCCAAUACGAACAAAUAUUAUCCAGUUUGGGUCAUUGGGUCACUUGAUUUAAUCAUUGCUAAUUUGAUUUAAAAAAUAUUAAAAUAUUAAUGUACUAAUAAAUAACAUGUAAAUAAUUAAUAAUAGUAGUUAUCCUUAUUUAGAGAUUAACGAUUAUAAUUUUUAUAAAUUUUAUAAAUCAGUGUUGACCUGCUGCUGGAGCGAUGAGAGCCUAAGGACUCAACCUAGCGUUGCCUUACGUCGUUGUCUUCGACUCUCGAGAAACACGUACAUCCAACCAAUCGGCAGUCUGCAGGGACGCGUCUACGAUCUGCCUCCUAGCAACCAUCCAGCUGUCAUAGGGAGAGAGAAAAAAGAUAACUUGCACAUUGUUGUACAAUAAUGUUGCUUUUAAAAAGCUUGCGUAUUGUUUUAAAUAAUGUAAAAUGAAUCAGAUUUAUUUUAUGGAGGCUUUUAUUUUGUGACUAUGACAGAUAUAUUGAUUAUCUAUAUUUGAUGCAGUAUGUGAUGACGAUCUCUGGCUGAUUGUUCACGUUUUCGUCAGACGAGCGAUGAAGAGACUCUUCAGGCUACCUCAUUUCAGAUUUUCAAAAUAAAUCUUUCAGCUUUUUAUGCAAAUGGAACGGCGGGAACGCUUUCUGGGAAGUAUUUCCAUUAAACGCCGAUGAUCAACAAUGUGACAUGCUAAGAACAACAGUUAAAAAGAAGAAAACAACUGAACAAAUCUAUGAUACAUGUUGUAAGUGUCCCAUUUAAUGCAAUACGGUUUGAAGUAUUAUAUUUUAUAUAUAUUUACACACGUUGGUGCUGCGAGGCCCUUAAACGCCGUCCGACCGGCUAAUGUGAACAAACAGCGGGGAGCAGGGCUUUUAUUUUGGCGGGUUUGCCUCAGUGUUGUGGAGGCUUCUUCUGAAUGCACCAAGAAAGGGAAACUUUUUUUACUUUUUUGAUUUCUGGUUUUAAAAGUGCUCAAAGACAAUUUAAUGAAUUUACCCCCCCAACCCCUCCGCAUGAAGUUUACUUCAAAACUUCAUGCGGAGGGGAUAUCAAAAGAAGUAUUAUUAUUUAAAAAGGGGAAGAACGAACAUUUUUCUGCAAUCUGUCAGCUGGUGCAACAGGCAGAACAAUAAUAAUAAACCAGUAGCCAGCAACGCAGUAAGAACUACACAAACAGCACAGCACGCUGCUGUUUACAAUAAGAACUACAUUUCCCAGCAGCCAGUGUGAGACUCCAGUUUAUAUCAAUUGAGUGUGAAAAGGAAAAUCUGUCUAUAAAAGAGUUUUAAUCAAAAUUAUUAUAAUUGGAGAUAAAGGUGUAAGUUAAUUAACUGUUUAAACAUCAAACUAAUUAAAGAUGGAACUAUUGCUGAGGGAUGAUUAUUAUUACUAAUUAAAACAUUAUUGUUCAAAGGUCACGUGACGCGGAUAAUGAGAAUUUCACUAAUCAAACAGAACGUUAACUCAAACUGAUAUUGUGAGUUAUUUUUCUCAUCUCUGGAGGAUUUUAUAUGCAUUUAUAAAAUAUCUAUCUAGAAAAAAGAUCUCAAAAAAGCCAGUUGAGAUUUAUCAAAAUCUGAUGUUUCAUGUAAUUUGGUUUUUGUGCUUCUGCCAAAAAUAACGUGACAGAAUAUUUAUUUUAAACUUGAUUAAAACUGCAGAUGACAGGAAGUCACACAUAAACAAAAGGUGUCUGGUUUCCCAAUUCCGGUUUAUUCCUGUUCAUUAUUAUGAUUAUUAGAAUAUUACUUUCAUUUAAAGUUAAUAAUUAAGUUAUUCAAGUUGAUUGGAAGUUCUAGAAAAAUAAUUACUAAAAACAUUUUGCACAAAUAAUUAUCUGAGGUUUCAUUUUUGAUAACAAGAUAAAAAAGAUCAAAUUAAUACAAUGUGACUCUGAAUAAUGUAUUUACAUCAUUUUUAGACACAAAAUUUUUUCUAAACAUGAAAAUAAAAUUAGACAGAUAUUAAAUAUUAGAAACUAAUUCAAAAUAUUUCAAAAGUUACCUCUGAAACCAUCAAAUUUUCAUUCAGUCCAAAAACACUCCGCUUGUAAAAGGGAUUUAAUGUCUAACUUUUGCUUUUAGAUACUUUUUGAAAAAUAGUUGCAAUGAUUUUAUAGCCAAAACGUCACCAAAGUGUUUUUAACAUCAAAAAAUAAGGUUGUUUUCUUUUGAAUAAAAUUAUUGCUGAAGCUGAACAACUGAAUUGUGAUAUGAGGUUUGAUCUGUAAGUGUUUUGGGGGCGGAGUUGGAUUAUUGGGUGUGGGGGGGCAGCGAGUCUCCCUAAAGGUGUCAAAUUUAUGGAAUAAAAAAUAAUCACUCACCGUUUACCUCUAGCAAAGCAUCAUGGGAGCCGUAGUUGAAGAACCUUCAUUCAUUUCUCUGAGAUUCGUCUUCCAGACCCGAUCAGAGCGAUCAGUAGACGUAUUGAUUAGUAGCUUUGUACCAACGACUCGGCGCUCCGACUCAUUUGAUGAUGUCAUAGUUAACUGAGCCCUGAUGGUGUUUCAUGACCUUUGACCCCCUCGACCUUCCGCGGGUCGCCAUGCUGUGAUCACUGUGCUUGUCAACAAAAAUAAACUAACGUCAUGACAAAUUAA